CUACCUCUCUCGCUCAGCCGCUCUGUCUGCGCGCAGUUUAAGUGCAGGCGCACAGCGCGUGGAAGGAAGAGGGCAGAAGUGCUUGCUUCCCCUCCUCUUUACCUCCGUUCAUCUACUCGCACACGGCAGUCGGUGACUGUACACUAACUGGAACAGCAGGAUGAGCGCGUACCUGUGCGAGCGCAGCAUACAGCGCUGAGCGGGAGACUCUUUCAACAUGCUGUAACAUCAGGCAAACUGACUUCAACAGGAAAAAAGACACAAGAAGGAGAGCUUGUCGUAUAAAGAUUAUGACCACCAGGAACCGAGCAAUGAGUGUGUGUUGACCCCUAAAGCCCCCCCCCCCCACACACUCUCUCUCCACCCACUGUGUCUUCAUGAGGGCAGAGAGAUGAUCAUGCACGGCCGCUGGUCUUUCAACACACUGGCCGUCAUCUUUAUCCUGCUGUCAACUGCGGCUCUCUCUGCACACUUCAGGGUGUGCGAGCCAUACUCCGACCACAAGGGGCGCUAUCACUUCGGUUUCCACUGCCCUCGACUAUCAGACAACAAGACCUACAUAUUCUGCUGUCACCAUAAUAACACCACCUUCAAAUAUUGUUGCAACGAAACCGAGUUUCAGAGUGUGAUGCAGCUCAACCUCACCAUCAAUUCAGACGGGUUUACCCACAACAAUUACACAGCCCUCAUUGGUGUGUGGAUUUACGGCUUUUUCGUCAUGGUCCUCCUGGCUUUGGACUUCUUGUACUACUCGGCUAUGAACUACGAGUUGUGCCGGGUCUACCUGGAGAAAUGGGGGCUGGGUGGUCGAUGGCUAAAACAGGCCAGGAGUCAAUGGCAGAGUGCAGCUCAAGAGGGGGAACAGAACGUCGGUUCAAUGCUGGGUCACCAACACCAUCCGAGGCACAGCUUGAGAGGGGAGACACAGAGCCCUACGCUCCUCACCUACCAAACCUCUACAGCCUAAUAUUCAGCUUUUGAUCCAGUAUGGAUGCGCCAAUAGAAGCUCUUGGAAGCUCUUGUCUUGGCUUCAUCUACAUUUGUGACUCGAACCGUGAUGUCUACCUCCGACAGAUAUGCUGAAGGACAUUUUCCCUGCAUCCUAAAGCUGAGACUGAGCGUCCACCAUUGACAGCUGAGCCAAUCAGAUGGCUGUUUGGCAUCUCGACCAGCUGCAUCUACUUUCAAGCACGUGAUGAAAGGACUUUGAAAACUGUUGUCUUUUACGCCCACUACCUUGCCUUCUCAUCAAGGUUUAGAUGCAGGGAUAAAGACUUUACCGAAAGCUAGAGACGAGACCGUUAACUCCAUGUUACUCUCUAGUAGUCGUGUUGUGUUUGCACUGCUGUGAAGCCAUUGGUCGGCUUAUCUUGAAGUAGCAGAAUAGGAAUAGUUAACUAUGGUUACCCAAGAGUUUGACUGUAAAUCACAUUGCGUGAAAGGAAUGUAGCCAGCGUCAAAUUUGGUCGUACAGUAUUUCAUAGAAAAUGUGUUGACAAAGAUGUUUGGUUGUGGAUUUAAUUGAACUCAUCUUGUUUCCGGGAAUCACCCUCAUAUGACACUUUGUAAGACCUUGAAACAUAUGUUACUACUGAAAGUCUGGGUGUGGAAAAAUUACUACAGCAAUAGCAAAGAACUAUAAGGAUAAAUCUGUCAUUUAUUGACCGUACAAUGAAACUUGAUUAAGUGGGAUUGCUAAAUAAAGUGUAGAUCCUUAUGCACGGCAGACAAAUAUUGAUGGUCAGUCCAUUGUAGAAAGACAGACACAUUAUUUCUAUCCCAAUUGAACUUGUGCACUGAGUUGAAACAGUUUAGACGUAGAAAACAGUAGCCACUGUUAGGCUGUGAGUAUUCACCUGCAAUAACACACAGCAUUGUGCUGAGUUGUGUUGUGUAUAGAGGAGAAAUUGUUGUGAUCUUGUUUUAACUAUUUAAGGUGAAUCUAAUAGUUUUCCCUUCGUGGAGGGAAGAGACAUACGUCAUGUUUUGAAGUAAUAAGUUAUAAUGGUAUAAACUGCCUCACAGUAAAUCUGUAGUAUGCCUAGCACCUUGUUCUGUGAUAGUGGUUGGUACUUCAGUUGAAGUGUGAUGGCCGUCCACCAACUUUAUUCUGUUUUUAUUAUGAGGUGUGGGUGGGGGGCAGUUAAGUUGUAAUUGCACAUGUUAACUUUUUACUGUUGGGAGAAAUAAAGAUUUAUCUUUUGCAGUGUU